GUAGUUUGAAUAUUAGUGCCGGUCAAGAAUAUACGAGUGUAGAGUGAUAACUAGUGAUUUUGGUUCCUCCGAUGAAAAGAAAUUACAAUUAAUGUUUAAAAUGUAUAAAAUAUUUUUAAUUAUUUCCAUAAAUGUUUGUUUAAGUCAAUCAUUACCACAAUUGAAUCCACAAAAUUUUUCCACACCAACAUCAACAGUAAAACCAAUUGAAAUCAUAACAAAUACAGAAUACUUUGGACCCGAUGGAAGUUUUAACUAUAGUUUUCAAACAGCAAAUGGAAUAAACGUAGCCCAAUCGGGAUAUUUUAAACAUAAUAAUUACACAAAUGAUCAAAACCAAAACAGUAAUGUUUCAAGUAAAUACAGAGAAGAUAUUCUUGUAAUACAAGGUGCAUAUUCAUAUACGGCACCCGAUGGACUUCUUGUGAAUAUCACAUAUGUUGCUGAUCAAAAUGGUUUUCAACCUGAAGGUGAUUCAAUACCCAAGACAUCAACAUACAGUACACGAUCAUCGUCAAAUUUGGGAGUAGGAGAUUCAUCUAUAAAGCCAACCACUACACCAAUACCAAUUAUUCCAAAUCCACCAAAUGCUUAAAUAACAACAUGUGUGUGUUAUUUCAUUAUCAUUUAAAAUAAAUAAUUAUUGAAAAACUUUUCA